GCAUCUCCCCCUCCCCCAUCCCUCCAUCCAGACCACACGCUCCUCCGCCGCGGGGCGCGUAACCGUGACACGCCAACCGCGACCGCUCGUGCGCGGGAACGAGCCGGGCCACGGAUGGUGGCCGCCAGAGGGCAAUCUUUGUCUGGAUUUGCAUUGCGCCAUUCGAUUGUGGAAAAUGCCACCAGAUGGCGGCUUAGGAUUGUUCGUCCUGUGAAGACGCGGUGUUAACUAUUCCCAUUUUUAAUUUAAUCAAUUUUUAAACUCGAUAUUUUCUUACGCCGUCGAACGGGAAGGGAAAAAACGGAUCCAAAAUGGGCAGGAACGAAUUUGCCCAAAAAUGUCGUUCAUAAAGAUCAAACAAGAAAAGGAAAGUGAAAUUACGUUCUGCACAAUCAAACUAUUUGAAAGAUUACACAAAAACAAGAGGAAGAAAUUUUGGAACACUAGCCCAAAUUUGUGGGCAGCAGGACUGCUGAGGAGAUGAUCACUCCAGAGAUACCAGUGUUACAGGAGUCUACCAAUGAAACAACUAUUCAUUCCGAUGUUACUGGUGAAUUCGAAGACCCGGAAGUGAAAGGGCGGAAGCGCAGAGCUCGAGGUCCUGGCAGACCACCGACUGCUAAGAAGGCAAGGCGCGCUCCAGGAGAAAAAGGUCGCCUUGCUGCAAGUGGUCGAGCAAAUCAGGGAAGAGCUAAUGGUCACCAUCAGCAAAAUGGAGAAGUUGAACCGGUCACACUGUUUGAGGUGGUAAAAAUGGGAAAGAGUGCGAUGCAGUCUGUGGUUGAUGACUGGAUAGAAUCAUACAAGCAAGACAGGGAUAUCGCACUUUUGGACUUGAUCAACUUUUUCAUCCAGUGCUCAGGAUGUAAAGGCACUGUCAGAAUUGAAAUGUUUCGAAAUAUGCAGAAUACAGAAAUAAUCAGGAAAAUGACUGAAGAGUUUGAUGAAGACAGUGGCGAUUAUCCAUUAACAAUGCCUGGUCCACAGUGGAAGAAAUUUCGCUCAAAUUUCUGUGAGUUUAUUGGAGUACUGAUCCGGCAGUGUCAAUACAGUAUUAUUUAUGAUGAAUACAUGAUGGAUACAGUGAUUUCUCUGCUAACUGGGCUUUCAGAUUCCCAAGUCCGAGCCUUUAGGCACACCAGUACGUUGGCUGCUAUGAAGCUGAUGACCGCAUUGGUGAAUGUGGCCUUAAACUUAAGUAUACACCAGGAUAACACACAAAGACAGUACGAAGCUGAGAGGAAUAAAAUGAUAGGCAAACGAGCUAAUGAUAGAUUAGAAUUGCUUUUACAGAAGAGAAAAGAGCUUCAGGAAAAUCAAGAUGAAAUAGAAAACAUGAUGAACUCUGUGUUUAAGGGUAUCUUUGUGCACAGAUAUCGUGAUGCAAUUUCAGAGAUACGAGCCAUCUGUAUUGAGGAAAUUGGUGUAUGGAUGAAGAGCUACAGUGAUGCCUUCCUCAAUGACAGUUAUUUAAAAUAUGUGGGAUGGACAUUACAUGAUCGGCAAGGUGAGGUGAGACUGAAAUGUCUGAAAGCUUUGCAGUCACUCUACACCAAUAAGGAGCUUUUUCCAAAACUUGAACUCUUCACCAAUAGGUUCAAGGAUCGUAUUGUGUCUAUGACAUUAGACAAAGAAUAUGAUGUUGCUGUGGAAGCUAUCCGAUUGGUUACUUUGAUACUGCAGGGAAGUGAGGAAGCAUUGUCUAAUGAAGAUUGUGAAAAUGUGUAUCACCUGGUAUAUUCUGCACACCGUCCCAUCGCUGUGGCUGCAGGGGAAUUCCUGAACAAAAAGUUGUUCAGCAGACAUGAUCCACAAGCAGAGGAAGCCUAUGCUAAGAGUAGAGGAAGGCACAGUGCAAACGGAAAUCUUAUUAAAAUGUUGGUACUUUUCUUCCUGGAGAGUGAGCUGCAUGAACACGCAGCAUAUCUAGUGGAUAGUCUGUGGGAAAGCUCCCAGGAACUUCUGAAAGAUUGGGAAUGUAUGGUAGAGCUGCUUCUGGAAGAACCUAUACAAGGAGAAGAAGGUAUGACUGAUAGGCAGGAGACUGCACUUAUGGAGCUGAUGGUCUGUACAAUUCGACAAGCUGCAGAGGCACACCCUCCUGUUGGAAGAGGAACAGGCAAAAGGGUACUGACUGCAAAAGAGAGAAAGACACAAAUAGAUGACCGGAUUAAGUUGACGGAACAAUUCAUCGUAGCACUUCCUGUGCUGCUGGCAAAGUACUCAGUCGAUUCUGAAAAAGUGGCAAAUUUAUUGCAAAUCCCUCAGUACUUUGACUUGGAGCUUUAUAGCACUGGAAGAAUGGAAAAGCAUUUAGAUGCAUUAUUAAAACAAACCAAGUUUGUUGUUGAGAAACACAUAGAAUCAGAUGUUCUGGAAUCUUGCAGCAAAACGUAUAACAUUCUGUGCAGUGAAGAAUACACCAUCCAGAACCGUGUUAACAUUGCACGCAGUCAGAUGAUUGAUGAGCUGGUCGAACGAUUCAGCCAGUCAGUUGAAGACUUAUUACAGGAGGGUGAAGAAGCUGACGAUGAUGACAUUUACAAUGUCCUUUCUACUUUGAAGAGAUUAACUGCCUUCCACAAUGCUCAUGAUCUCACAAAAUGGGAACUGUUUGGAAACUGCUACAGGCUUCUGAAAAGUGGAAUUGAACUGGGAUCUAUGCCAGAGCAGAUAGUGGUCCAGGCACUGCAGUGCUGCCACUAUUCAAUCCUGUGGCAGCUUGUCAAAAUAGCAGAUAGUUCCCCAACUAAGGAAGAACUGCUUGGUUUGAGAAAAACAGUGAAAGCAUUUUGUAUCGUCUGUCAACAUUGUUUGACAAAUGUCAACCCUUCUGUCAAAGAGCAGGCAUUCAUGUUGCUUUGUGAUCUUCUGAUGAUAUUUAGUCACCAGUUGAUAACUGGUGGCAGGGAUGGACUCAAACCCCUUGUUUACAACCCAGAUACUGGGCUCCAGUCAGAAUUACUCAGCUUUGUAAUGGAUCAUGUAUUUAUUGAUCAAGAUGAGGAGAACCAGAGCAUGGAAGGAGAUGAGGAGGAUGAAGCAAACAAGAUUGAGGCUCUUCACAAAAGAAGAAACCUCCUGGCAGGAUUUUGCAAGCUAAUAAUAUAUGAUGUUGUGGAUAUGAAUGCUGGUGCAGACAUUUUCAAGCACUAUAUGAAGUACUACAAUGAUUAUGGAGACAUCAUAAAAGAGACACUAAGUAAAACCAGACAAAUCGACAAAAUCCAAUGUGCCAAGACACUUAUUCUCAGCUUACAGCAGCUCUUCAAUGAGCUUGUCCAGGAGCAAGGCCCUAACCUUGACAGAUCAUCAGCCCACGUCAGUGGUAUUAAAGAGCUUGCACGACGGUUUGCUCUUACGUUUGGACUGGACCAGAUCAAGACCAGGGAAGCUGUUGCCACCUUACACAAGGAUGGUAUAGAAUUUGCUUUUAAGUAUCCAAGUCCAAAUGGACCAGACUACCCUCCAUCAAAUCUUGCGUUUCUUGAAAUUCUGAGUGAAUUCUCAUCUAAGCUUCUGCGACAAGACAAAAAAACUGUGCAUGCAUACCUGGAGAAAUUCAUGUCUGAACAAAUGAUGGAGAGAAGAGAGGAUAUUUGGUUGCCCCUAAUCUCCUAUCGCAAUUCAUUGCUUACUGGAGGUGACGAUGACAGGAUGUCAGUGAUUAGUGCAGGUAGCAGCAGUAAAACUUCAUCAAUACGUAGUAAGAAAGGGCGUCCUCCUCACAGCAAGAGGCGAACUGAAGAAGAGAAUGUGGAUAGCACAUGGUUGAACAGGAAUGAUACCAUACAAACUCCAGCAGUUCUGCACACUCCACAACUAACUUCCACAGUUAUGCGGGAAAACCCUCGGCAAGCAGCAGAACACAAUAUGGAGGAUCAGGAAUCUGAACGUGGCUCGGAAUCGGAUUUUGUACAGAAUCCUCAGAUGCAAAUGACCUGGUUGGGCCAGCACAAGCUGGAGGAGGCACACCGGAAAGACAGAGUGGCCAUGAACUACAUGAAGGCACGAGGUGGUGUAAGGCAACCAGUCCGCAGCCACAGUUUAAUGGAAGAUGAUGCAGAACCAAUUUUUGAAGAUGUAAUGAUGUCAUCAAGGGGACAGUUGGAAGAUAUGAAUGAAGAAUUUGAAGACACUAUGGUUAUUGAUCUGCCUCCAUCACGAAACAGACGAGAGCGAGCUGAACUCAGACCGGAUUUCUUUGACUCUACUGCCAUAAUGGAAGACGAUUCGGGCUUUGGAAUGCCUAUGUUCUGAAAGACUGCUGGAAGUUUUAUAUUUUUAAGAACUCCAUCGUCUAGAGAGAAUCCGCGAUCUAAAUACUGUGACGGCAACUUUUAAACUAAAUUUUACAUAUUCAAGAUCUGAUUUAUUUUUUAUCAAAGGAUAAACUUGAUGAAGAUUUGAUUAUGAUAAAUGGGGAAGCAUGAAGAAGGAAGCACUAACUGUCUGUUUCUGAGACAUUAUUCUUAUGGACUGAAAAAUGUGGCAACUUCUUCGAGGAAUUACCCUUUCCCCCCCCCUCCCCAAUCCCCCCCAAAAUUGAUCUGAUUCACAGACUGUGCCACUGCUGAAGAGUGCUGACAGUAGGAUUAAAAGAAAUUAUUAUAUAUAUCAACCAGGAAUAAAUUGUAUUGAAAUCAUGAAGGCAUAUUUAAAAAGAUAGGGUGGAACAUACAGCAGAUGACACCAAAAGUACAGAGAUCCCUAUGAGUUUUUGUAAUUUUUUUCUGCUGUACAGUUUAAUAUAAAGAACUUUUGAGAUCAGCAGUUUAUGUUAUGUUUUUUAAUUCUAGCUUAUAAAUUUUUCAGAUGGCAGCAAUGCUGAAAAACUAGGUUAGGAGCAACGCAAUUUUCUCACACUGGAGUUUGGUUUCUUUGUGGUAUGCAUUUAUUUUAUUGAGGGGGUGGGAAGGGUAACUGGAAAUCAAUUGCAAGAACUAUAUACAAUACAUGUAUAAAUGGGUAGUAGGUUCUGCGGGGGCUUUUUAGAUAUGUGAAGUAUUGCUGCCGCAAAACAGAGGUAACAGAAUAAUCCAGAGAUUUCCUUCCUUUUUAUUACCAAGGUCUUAUGUGUAUGUCUAAAGCAAGCUACUUCUUUUCAUAAUAAAAGCUGCCUUAUUUACUGUGAAAACUACUCAUUAGCUGCUUUGAGUUUGACUUCAGAAAGUUGAGAUGUGCACUCUUAUCAUAGUCCUGUGCAUUUUGCUUUUGGUUUUAAUGUUCGGAACACAACAGGUGAAGUUUAGAGGCUUUGGAAAGCUUCUUUAAAGUUCUGUUGAUUGUGAAAUGUUCGUUAUUAGACAACAGUUAACAAUCUGUUUUAUUUACAGAAAGGUUGUAUAAAUCAAUGCUGUACACUUCCAGAAGUGUGAAAAAAUUAGGUUAAGAGCACAUUUAUUAGUUAAAUUUUGAUGCCCCUUUGCCCUUGAUUCUCGAUUUACUGUAAACAGUAGUAAGGAACACCCCAUUUUUUGACUUUCACAAUUGUCUAAAUGUACUUUUACAGAUAAUGUUAAUUUUAUACAGAAGAAUUCAGUAAUUGACUUUAUGGAGGAUUAACCCAAUGUGCUAGAGUGUUCCAUCUGUCUUGCUUCUGAUUACUUACCUGCAGAAUCGAAAUGUUUUAAUGUCAUUUUUCACUGUCUAAUCAUAAUAUUUAAAAUGUCAUAAUUAAUUUCAUCAAUCACAGUUUUAACAUUGUUUUUUCAUAAUUUGGAUCAAUUGGCAUUUCCAAUGUAGAAAUUGACAAUUGAAGUUACACCUAAUCAAAAAAUCUUGUAUGAAAUGGUAGCAGAAACAUUGGAAGGCUACUGCAGUAAAUGGGCAGAAUAAUGCAUUAACAUUUUAACCUGUUCGUAUCUAAAAAGUAGAUAAAACUGUAGAUUUUAAAUUCAAUGAUCACGCUUCAUUUAUUAAUCUACCAACCAUUAACUUGGAUGAACAGAGUUUAAAGGUCUUGACUUUUUGGUAGUACUGGUAAGCAGUUGUGGAAAUAUGCAAUUUUGGUUAAUUUUGUACAGUUUACAAACUAAAUUGUCAAUGAUCUCAAAAUAGUUCUGUGGAUUGAGUGUCGCGACGAUAGGUACUGCGUGGUUGAAACCAUCACUGCAUCAACUUAGGCUGUGCAGUCAUCUAUUUAAAUCUGAAUUCUUCAGCAGUAUUGUAGCAGAAUGUGAAACAAUGGUUUCAUGUCUGGGUACCUCCUUGUUGGGCUUGAAAUUGAGUUUGAAGUUAAUAAGUUUUAUAUUUUGAGUGUUACCUUGAUCGGUUUUAUUAGUAAUACUGUAAAUUGUACAUUUUCAGUAUAAAAUUUCUUUUUGUACAUUUUAAAGCUGAUGCUUCACCUUUCCUUUAAUAAACUGUUUGAAAGAA